AUGCAAAUCUCAAAUCAACGCUCCUUCAUGUCGACGGAGACUGAUCUAGAGAGAGAGAAGCGCGAAGGAUUGCAUUGCCAACGGGACACGAAUAUCGGAGAGGACAAGGGCGAGGUGAUCCGAGGAACAAUGGGCCGGAGUGUCCAUUCUGUAGCCGUAGGAGCCCUAGCUGAAAUGGUGACAUCAUCUUUUGUGGGUCCGACGCUAAUAAUGCCAAGGGCGGUUGCGUCACCCACGUGCCGCGCGCAAGAACUACGCGAGCCACUCACUCGGCAGUCUGCACCCAAUGCGAAGCAGACAUCGAUCCCCUUGUGCCGGGGCACGACUCUCGCAAUUCAACAUGACACACCAAAAGAAGUACGGCCACGCAACAGCUUCGGCUGUUGCACGAAUGGGCAGGUCCGUCCAGACAAGGUGCCCCGGAGGCCGCACGUUGCAGCCGCCGGAGACACGCCGGAGACACGUGACGUGGACAUAAUUCGCAACAACGGGCGAGCGAAAACA